UUACCCACAUGAGCAAUUCAGGGACCCUUCAGCGUCGAACCACCUACCUCAUCUCCCUCACUUUGGUCAAGGUCGAGGCCGUAGGGAGCGAUGAAGGGGCCGAGUCCACGUCCACGAAACCCAAGAGUCCGACUCAGAGUUCGACCCAGAGUCCGACUGAGUGUCGGUCCCAGAGCUCGAGCCAAAGUCCGACUCAGAGUCCAAACCUGAGUACAACCCAGAGUCCAAACCCAAGUCCAACCCAAAGCCUGACUCAGUGUCUGACUCAGUGUCUGACCCAGAGCCCAACCCAGAGUUCCCCCUCAGUCCCAGGCCUGGUUCAGGGUCUGGAAUAUGGUGGAAAAUUAAGGCAGGAGGGAAAACUAGUAGAUGCGAAGAGUAAAAUUCCACAAGAUGACAAGAAACCUGAGGUUGAAAAGGAGAAGGUGGAGGUUAAGAAAAGGCUAGAAAGCAAAAAUGGAUGCCCAGUUAGGGUACUUCCUCCAAAACCGAAGAUUCCCAGCUAUCCACCUGUGGCCAAUGUGCACAAGUCAAUACAAGGAGAUCCUCACAAGGAUCCGUAUGCAGAGGACGGCAGGAUCAAACGAGAGGAGACAGAACUGUCUAAGGUGGAUACAUACAAGGCUGAUGUUCCAUCAGAAAAGGUCUCAGAUCUUGUUGUGUCAAAUGGAACCUCAGUCCGCCCUGCUGUACCAGUCCGUCUUGGCCAGUCUGCUCUAAGACCCCACGCUACUGUAACCAUGAACCGCCGGGACUUCAAGGACUCCAGUAAGACCAUUUCCUCCUCCGCUAAGAACCUGGACAUCAAGGGUAGAGAACACUCACCUCCCAUGACUAUAACCAUGACUAUGGGUCCCUACCGAGCCUCUUGGUCAGAAAGUGAAGGGAGAGGGAUGUACCAACGGUAUGGCAUGGAACCUUUAAUAGUUCCAGAAGAAGGGUUCACACCAACAGGGCUUGAAACACGUGAAAGCACUCAAGUGGAAAAGUUUAAAACCAUUUCAGCAUCGCUCCCAGUGCAGGCCGCACGGCCUCCGGUCAAACCUCAGCGUAAAGGAAAGAGUCGAACCCUGGAUAACAGUGACCUGAACUUGCUCUCUGAAGACCUGAAGAAAGGAAAGGACAGCCAUAGUGGACCUGGGCGUUUUUCUACUCAGGCUCCAGGUAAAGACAGAAAAAUGCUCAAGUUCAUCAGCGGGAUCUUUACCAAGAGUACUCAGUGUCCUGUAACGGCGCCGGUGGUUCCUGCCACUCCCAUUCCUCUUCACAGCCCCACAAGGAGACGGUCCAGCGAGGAAGAAGCGUGUGCUGUGAAUCAGGAGUGGAUUCUGAGCCACGCCAUCCAGGAUCUACACCUGGGCGUGUUGGGCAGCCUGCGCAGUGGGAAAUCAGCACUGGUUCAUCGCUACAUGACUGGUAGUUACCUUCCACUGGAGAGUCCUGAAGCGUGCAGGUUUGAGAAGGAAGUGCUGAUCGAUGGACAGAAUCACAUUCUAGUGAUCCGAGAGGAACCAGGACUCCCUGAUGCUCAGUUGUGUAGUUGGGUGGACGGGCUGAUCCUGGUGUUCAGUUUGGAGAACGAGGGCAGUUUUUUGGAGGUUUAUAACAUUUACAGGCAGCUGUGUGCUCAUCGUAACGUAGCAGAAAUCCCCUUCGUCGUGGUGGGAACUCAGGAUAAAAUAACGAGCAGUAAUCCACGCGUGAUCGACGACGCUCGGGCGAGGCAGCUCUGCUCCGACGUUCACCGGUGUGUGUAUUAUGAAACCUGCGCCACCUACGGGCUCAACGUUAACCGCGUCUUUACCGACGCUGCUCAGAAGAUCGUCUCUAUGAAGAGGCAGCUCGCUCUGUACGCUUCCUGUAAAUCGUUACCCAACUCUCCCAGUCACUCCGGUGGAUCCACACCCAUAUCAGGAGCUUUUACUGUACAGGCGAGUAACGGAGGGCAGAGCAGUGAUUACUCCUCGUCUCUUCCCUCCACUCCUGUCAUCACUCACAAAAACAUCAGCGCUGCAUCAGGAGGAGGAGAGAAACUCAUCCGAACCGCCCAGUUCACAUUGCGCAGGGGGAGUGACUCUGACAGGAGGGGUGCAGAAGCUCAUUUCGGCAUCGGCCGCACAAUCCCCAUCAAACAGAGUGUGUUGCUGAAGCGCAGUGGAAGUUCUCUCAAACAGGAAUGGAAGAAGAAAUAUGUAACGCUGUCCAGCAACGGCGCGCUGAGCUACCAUUCCAACGUCAGUGACUACAUGCAGAACGUAAACGGUAAAGAAAUCGAUCUGCUGCGCGUGACCGUUAAAAUUCCAGGGAAGCGCCCCCCGCGGGCCGUACCGUCCUCAGCACCCCCGCCUGGACUCAAUGGAACGGUCCAAAACGAACCGAUGUCAGAUGAAGCCUGUUCAGGUGCUGUACUUACCAGCGGUGCAGCAGAGGAAGGAUUAUACGGCCAGAGAUCCCCAUUUGCACUGUCCACAGUCCAUAAUAUCGAUAUCGAGGGAGUGUUGAACCCGACGUUAAUGAAGGAUCCCAGCACGUCUCCAGUAUCAGACCGGAAGAAACAGAGGAGGAAGAAGAACCUGAACCAGAGAGCAGAUACCACACUGGGUCACGCUGAAGCUAAACGCAAAAUGUGGAAAUUAAAAAGCUUUGGUAGCUUAAAAAACAUAAAUAAAGCAGAUGACGAGAACUGUGAGUUCCUGAUCGUAUCGAGUUCAGGACAGACGUGGCAUUUUGAGGCUCAGACUGUAGAGGAGAGAGACUCGUGGGUCCAGAACAUCGAGAAUCAGAUUCUUGCCAGCAUCCAGAGCUGUGAGAGCAGCAGGAACAAGGCGAGGAGGAACAGUCUAAGUGAGGCCGUAGCUCUCCAGGCGGUGAGGAACGCUAAAGGAAACGCGUUCUGUGUGGAUUGUGACGCUGCAAACCCAACAUGGGCCAGUUUAAAUCUGGGAGCUCUGAUCUGUAUCGAGUGUUCGGGGAUCCACAGGAAUCUGGGCACUCACCUGUCCCGGGUUCGUUCUCUCGACCUGGACGACUGGCCGUACGAACUCGCGCUGGUUCUCAUCGCCAUCGGCAACCAGAUGACCAACAGCAUCUGGGAGAAACGGACGAGAGGACGCCAAAAACCACGACCCGACUCCACGCGUGAGGAGCGCGAGUUGUGGAUCCGAGCUAAAUAUGAGCAGAAGUUGUUUUUGGCGCCGCUCUCCUGUCUGAAUGAUGAACUGGACGCUCCUGUAUCGGCCCGCCUCCACUCCGCCGUCAUCGACAGGGAUCUGCCCAGACUGCUUCUCCUAUUGGCUCACAGCACCAAGGAGGAGAUCAACGCCCCGCCCCCCUACGUGCUGCGCUUCGGUAACGGAGGAAUCCUCCGAUCACAGUCGGCUCUGCACGCCGCGUGCCAGCUGGGGGACGUGGUUAUGACUCAGCUGCUCAUCUGGUAUGGCAGUGAUGUGAGGAACGUGGACUCUCUGGGUCAGACGGCUCUCAGUCUGGCUCGUCGAGCCGGUAGUCAGGUGUGUGUGGAGAUCCUCCUUCAGCACGGCUGUCCCGGUGAGAUCAGUCCCACCAUGUCCACCUCGUCCAUCACGUCUCCGUCGGGCCCCACCAGUCCCACCCUGUCCCGCAACAGCUCCUCCACCAGUCUGGGCUGGACUUCCACCAAGAGAUACACCUCCUGAAGUUCAGACAGGUACGGCUGAAGGAACUGGUACUAUACUGGGAUUAUACUGGGAAUAUACUGUGACUACACUGGGAGCAAAAUCAUUUAGAUACUGAUCAUGCUUGAUGUGCAGAAUAAAUGGAGAUUUAAGAUUUGGACACUAAUAAAAGCAGAACUCUGAACUCUCUGCAGAAGGUGGAAUGAUUAAAUACUGUGAUCUAAACUUUAUUCACUGAUAUAAUGAACCUUUGAUACGGCGGUGUCAGUAUCGAUGCUUUAUUUACCGUCGAGGGCUCGUUCCAUCCAGCGCGGCAUCAAAAGAAUCUACAGAAACGCGUCUGAAUAAACGUACAUGACUGGAGGUGUGUGUACAUACAGAGCCGAGGGAUUAUUUACCACUUUAAAUAGAUGAAAAGCUUUUAGAGCUGAUAGUUUAUUAUAUAGAAUAUAUGAUGAGAUGGUUUAGAUGCCUUCAUCCUGCAGUCGUGCUGUGGUGAGCGUGUUGGUCCUCCUGACGUCGUUAAUACUGAUGCUCUGGUUUAUACCAAACCCAAACAUAAAAUAAUGAUUGAAGUAAUAUUAGUGCUGAUGGUUAAAAUAGAAACUUUACUUACAUGAUUCUUCUGAGGAACAACAUGCUCACCACAGCUCUGAGAUCAGAUCUACUGAGGUUCAUUCCUGAAUGUCCAGACUCUUCACCUUCAUUAACCUUUAAUGUGUAAUUAAUAGUGAUUCAUCAUCACUGACUCUAUCUGAGCAGCUUUUGGACCUGAUCUUACUGUUACUGUCGGUCUGAUCUCCGUCAGAAUCCCGAUUCAAUGCCUUGAUUUUAUUUUGAAUGUAUCUGACUCUCCUGUUCUAAUGCAGUGCUCGUUUCUGAACGUGAGCUGGUGUGCUGUGUAACGUAGCUCAUCCUGAUGAAUAAAAAAAAAUAAACCACGCUGAUCAGCUGA